AUGGGAAAGAGAAAUAUUUUACAGUAUCAAAUGGAACACGAUCAUGAAACUGACUUAUCUACCACGCCGUCGGAAGAGCAAUUACAAGAUGCCAAGAAAAGAGACGUAGCUACUCAUGAUAAUUUCCCAUUCACCUUAUCAAGAGAAUCCACCAAGGCCGAAUUCUUGGCUAAUAACCGUUAUUUCGUUGACUCUAUCCGUCAUAACCACGGCGAUUUGGUUUUUGAAUUGAAUGGUAAAGGUCAAUCUCCACAUACUUUAUGGAUUGGAUGUUCUGAUUCUCGUGCUGGUGAUCAAUGUUUAGCUACUUUACCAGGGGAAAUCUUUGUUCAUAGAAAUAUUGCCAAUAUUGUUAAUGCCAAUGAUAUCAGUAGUCAAGGUGUUAUACAAUUUGCCAUUGAAGUCUUGAAAGUCAAGAAGAUUAUUGUCUGUGGUCAUACCGACUGUGGUGGUAUUUGGGCUUCAUUAUCAAGAAAGAAGAUUGGUGGUGUUUUGGAUCUUUGGCUUAACCCAGUGAGACAUAUACGGGCUGCCAAUUUGCAACUUUUAAAUCAAUAUAAUGAUGAGCCUAAAGAAAAAGCCAGAAAGUUGGCUGAAUUGAAUGUUAUUGCUUCAGUUACUGCUUUAAAGAGACACCCAAGUGCUUCAUUAGCAUUAAAAAAUGGUACUAUUGAAGUUUGGGGUAUGAUGUAUGAUGUUGCUACUGGGUAUAUUUCGGAAAUUGAAAUCCCAGAUGAUGAAUUUGAAGACUUGUUCCAUGUUCAUGACGACCAUAAUGAAGAUGAAUACAAUCCACAUUAA